AGCAAAAGCACACUCUUCCUCUAAAAUCUUGGAACUUGUAAGUUUUCCUCCCAAAAACAUGAAACCAUCUUCGGUUUUUCGAAAAUAAAAUCUACUUACCUAUCAAAAAUCUACUUACUUAAAAUCUAAAACUCAUAAUGUCUGGGGUUUGGGUGUUCAAUAAUAAUGGUGGAGCCAUCCGGAGAAAGGCUUUGGUGCACUUGCCUACAGGCCAAGUGGUAUCAUCUUACCGCUCUCUUGAGGAUAUCUUGAAAGGUUUGGGAUGGGAGAGGUAUUAUGGUGGCGAUCCCGACCUCUACCAAUUCCACAAGCAAUCUUCUAUUGACUUAAUCUCUCUUCCUAAGGACUUUUCCAAGUUCAAUUCCGUUUACAUGUACGAUAUUGUCGUUAAAAACCCUAAUGUUUUCCAUGUCAGAGAUAUAAAAAGUGUGAAUGGUCCCCCGGGAGAGAGGAAACCAGAGGAUGGGACUUCACGUGAAGCGGAUGAUGAAGCUUUAUUCAAGGGCCAUUAG